AUGAAUGGCAACUCUUUCACACUUCGAAUUCUGCUCUUUCUAGUAUGGUUUGGAAUUUCUACUUGUGCGACAUUGGUUGAUUUACUCGAUGGAACAGAAAAUUAUUCGAUUGAUGGAAAGUUGAAGUUCAGAUGGACACGACGAUAUCCCGAGUUUCAAUACUUUGGAAAAUCAUCCCUUAUGAGCUGUCAAUUAUCAAUCAUGGGAGACGCAAAUGAGUAUGAUGCAUUGAUAACUAUCUCAAAGGACAUUCAUGGCUCAGGAUGGAACACACUCGAAAUUGAAGAUCAUCAUCGCAGCAUCCAAGGUAGCCAUUUGUGUGUGAAAUUACAGGCCGAAUGGAUUGACCAUACCCAGCUUCCAACUUCGUAA